CUAGCAAUUUUCCAUUCGAUAAGUCCCAUUCUUCUUCGUUCAGUUGGUUCCUGGCUCUUAUUUUGAUCGUCUCAGUGGGCGUGCCAUCAUCUGAUUACCCUCCUCUCAUCUCCUUCAUUCAUUUUCUUCCAAGGGUUCAGGGUAAAUCGUCAAAAUGCCGGCCACAGCAGGAAGAGUUCGUAUGCCGGCGAACAACCGGGUGCACAGUAGUGCAGCCUUACAAACCCAUGGUAUCUGGCAAAGUACAAUCGGGUAUGACCCGUAUGCUCCCAACAAGGAAGAAUCCAAAAAAUCGGAGCCAAAAUCCGCUGACCCCGACAAUCCCUACAACAACUUUAGGGGUUUGCUUGACCUUGCGCGGAUGAGUGGCUCUAGUGCUGAUGUGGCUCGUGGGGCCUGCAACAAGUGUGGGCGUGUCGGGCACCUAACGUUUCAGUGCAGAAAUUUCUUGAGUGUCAAGGAGGAGAUCAGUAAAGCAAAGGAUGACGAUGAUGGUGGAAUUGCAGUGGAAUUGGAGAAGUGGAAGGGGAAUAGGGAUAAGAAGGCGAAUGGCGAGAGUGAGGAGAGUAGUGAGGAAGAGGAGAGUGAAAGUUCUGAUUCAGAGUAUGAUUCUGAAAUUGAAAGGGCAAUCGCUGAGAGGUAUGGGAAUGUUUCUAAGAAGGUUAUUCAUAAGGUGAAGAAGCCAUCAUCGGGAAAGAAGAGGAGCGAUGAUUCAGAUUCUAAAGAGAGAAAAAGGAGGGGAAGAUCGAAGAGAAGGAGAAGUGGCAAGAGGGGGAGUGGGGGUUCAGAGGAUGAAAGUGAAGAUAAGGACCGUAGGAAAACAAGGAAAGAGAAGAGGAGGAGAAGGGAUGAUUCAUCAGAUGAAUCAGAUGAAGAACAACACAGUAAGAAGAGGAAAGGCCGGAAGGAGAAGAGGAGAAGGAGAAGCCAUAGGCACCCGGAUGAUUCAGACCCAACUGAUGAUUUGUCCCCUCCUCGGCCUAAGCGAAGGGGAAGGAGGCAUGGAACAUCAUCUGACUCUGAUGCCUACAAUUCUGAUGACUUGCGAGUUGGGAGGGACAGAAAACGGUCUGAGAAGAGGAGCAGGAAGCGACACCAUGACAAUGAAGACUAAUGUCCUCAUCAAGGAACAUUGCUAGUGCAACGUGUCCAAAGAGCUGGAGCUUCAAUUAUGACUACGGUAUAUUCCAUUAUGCCCCUCUGGAUCUAAGCUCUUCUACAUUGCAAAUUUAUUUGACUCGUGAAACCCUUUGUGUUUAAGAUUUGUUGAUACUUUGUCGAAUCAUGUGCGCUUUAUUUGUUGCCUUCUUUAAUUGCGUGUAUGUGCCCAAGUGUGGAGUUGUGUCUUUGUUGUUGGCCAUAUGAAAGAAUUGGAGUAAAGUGCAUUGUUUACCCCCGUACUCUUUAGAAAUUGCAUGUUUUACCCCUGAACUAUAAAAAUUGCACUGUUUACCCUCGAACUCCUUGAAAAUUGCACGAUUUACCCCUGCAUACUAAAAAAUGCACCAAAUACCCUUGAACAAAUUAAAUCGUUAUAUCGUUGGUCCUAAACUAUUAGAUAGGAAGUGCGUUGCUUCCACGCACAACAAUUGCGAAUAUGAUUCAUCUGACCCUUUUGAUUUUUCCAAAGUGCAUUUCCCUAAAAUUGUCGUUUUUAUUUAAAUGUUCAGGAGUAAACAGUACAAUUUUCGAAAAAUUUAGGGAUAUUUGGUGCAAUUUUUAUUGUUCAGGGGUAAAGCGUGCAAUUACUAAAGAAUUCAGGGGUAUUUGGUGCACUUUUUAAAGUUCGAGGGUAAACUGUGCAAUUUUCAAAGAAUUCGAGGGUAAACGGUGCACUUUUCUCGAAAGAAUUGUGUCUUGUACUUGUUUUGAACUUUGUCACUGGCUUGUUGGCUUGUUAUUACCAGUAUUUGCUAUUGGUA